UUUUCUUUCUCAUUUUCCGGGAAAAUUUAGUGGGAAAAUUACAGACGCUUUCCAGGAAGUUCAAAGAACAGAGUAAGUGCGUUGAGGGAAAAGGGCAUUUAUUCCUCUUCUCUUUCUUCUAAAGCUGCUCUUACCCAACUUUUCUUUUUUCUCUCCCACUUCCUCCAAUUUUCCCAGAAAAUUUCUCUUUUCCAUGUCCAUUUUCAUGUCCUCCUUUUCCCCUUUUCCCCUUUUCCUCCCUCUUCAAUGAAUGGUUCUGGGCUUCCCGUUUUCGCCAUUUCUUUCCCUCUCCCGUUUACAUCUUAAUCGCCUUUUUCUGCAAUUUUCUUUUCGGUUUAUUCAAUCUUUUUGGUUCUUAUGAUCGCUAUAAUCACAAACGAAUAAGUGGAGCAACGUCGCUGAUUAAUCUCCCAGCUUCUCUUUCACGUGUUCUUCAAUUUUUCCUUUAUUCUUCCAUGGAAUCUUCCCCUUUCUUUUCUCUUUUUACCCUCUUUCCCCAAUCUCUAUAUUUCACUCGCAUUUCGCUUUCAAUGGUAGCUCUCUGAAUCUGCUCUCUUCUUCUUCCUCUGUUUCUCAUGGAACCAAUGGACUUGUUCUCCAGUCCUGUUCUGCCGCCGAUCAAGUACACUGAACAUCGUAGCCAAACCAGACUCGUUUCUCCGCCAUUAAUGGCACCUAAGGUCGUAAAGAUUUCUGUAAUGGACGCGGAUGCCACGGACUCUUCUGGUGAUGAAGAAGAACAAGACUACGCUUGUCGCCGAGUCAAGAAAUUCGUUAACGAGAUUACAAUCGAGGCCUCGCCGGUGAAGAGUAGCCGCAAGAAAUCCACCGGCGGGAAAUCCAAGUUUCCGGCGGUUAAUCGGGAUCCAUUGAAGCAGCAACCGGCGGGAAAUAAGAAAUUCCGCGGCGUACGGCAACGACCAUGGGGGAAAUGGGCGGCUGAGAUUAGAGAUCCUUUACGACGAGUACGGGUGUGGUUAGGCACAUAUAAUACGGCUGAAGAAGCCGCUAUGGUCUAUGAUAAUGCUGCCAUUCAACUCCGUGGGCCCACCGCUCAAACGAAUUUCAUUCCUCCGCCUAAGUCCUCGCCGGAAACCGCUGCGGCGAGCUCUGGCUAUGUCUCGGCCGAGGAAUCCAACGAGAAUCUGUCCUCUCCGACUUCCGUUCUCCGUUGCCCGUCGCCAUCGACAAACGACGUCGUAUCCGGAAAAACCUCAACAACAACGACAACCGGAAAAGAAACCGGCCGAGACGAACCGGAGAAGAUUUCGGAAUUCUCGUUCCAUUCUAACUACGAUACAUUUUUCCCCAAUGAUAACUUCGACUUCCGACCGCCGGUUCCGUCUCUGUUCGGCGAGACCACACUCAACGACGGCUUGAAGGGCGACUAUGGCAGUAGUAUGUUCAUUAACCCGGCCGAUGAUUUCGGGUUCGGUUUCGGUUUCGGGUUCGGAUUAUCCACGUGGCAUACGGUUAAAGAUUCCUUCCAAGACAUCAGCGACAUAUUCGGGUCGGACCCUCUUCUUGCGCUUUGAGGUUUUUCUUUUAAUUUUUUAUUUUUUUUAAUAGGUUGGGUUUUCGGCAAUUUUGUGAGUGUCCCAUUUUCCUUUUUAUUUUAUUUUUUUUAAUUAGUUUUUUUAUUUCUCGUAAAUUUUGGGGUUUGUAAGUUGUCGAUGAUGUGUAUCAAAAAUGAAAUGGUAUCUUCCGUCACAGUAACGGUGACGGACAAAUUUUGUGUA